UCCGCUCUCGUCCUCUGCAUGCUCUUCUCCUCUCUUUUAUUUUCCUCUUCUUUCUCUCUCUAGAGGAGAGGCUUGCCGGACCGGCACCGUCGUUUAUUUCCCGGCCAUUAUCCAGAAAAUUAAACUAAAUUAUCUUUUAUUCUCUGAGGCCGUGGAACAAUGGGAGCCGGUGGCAGAAUGUCUGUUCCUCCUUCAUCUAAGAAGGUGGAGUCUGAUGUUAUGAAGCGAGUUCCUCACUCAAAGCCACCAUUCACUCUUGGUCAGAUCAAAAAAGUUAUCCCACCUCAUUGCUUCAAACGAUCGAUUCCUCGCUCGUUCUCAUAUGUAGUUCAAGAUUUGACCAUUGCCUUUCUCUUCUACUAUGUUGCCACCAAUUACUUCCAUCUCCUUCCUCAGCCUCUCUCGUAUGUGGCGUGGCCUAUUUACUGGGCUCUCCAAGGUUGUGUUCUCACCGGUGUUUGGGUUAUAGCACACGAGUGUGGCCAUCAUGCCUUCAGUGACUAUCAAUUACUUGAUGACAUUGUUGGCCUUACCCUGCACUCUGGUCUCCUUGUCCCUUACUUUUCAUGGAAACACAGCCAUCGCCGUCAUCAUUCUAACACAGGGUCUCUGGAACGAGAUGAAGUUUUUGUUCCCAAGAAGAAAUCCAGCAUCAGUUGGUUUUCCAAAUACCUUAGAAACCCACCUGGCCGCCUCAUCACGCUUGCCGUUACACUUACCCUCGGCUGGCCUCUAUACCUAACAUUCAAUGUUUCAGGCAGGCCUUAUGAUAGAUUUGCCUGCCACUUUGAUCCUUAUGGCCCUAUCUACAAUGACCGUGAGCGAGCUGAAAUAUUCAUUUCUGAUGCCGGUAUCAUUGCUGUCACUUAUGGUCUCUACCGUCUCGCUUUAGCAAAAGGGCUUGCUUGGGUCAUUUGUGUAUACGGAGUACCAUUGUUGGUGGUGAAUGCAUUUCUUGUUCUGAUCACCUACUUGCAGCACACUCAUCCUUCAAUUCCCCAUUACGAUUCCUCCGAGUGGGAUUGGCUAAGAGGAGCUCUAGCGACUGUUGACAGGGAUUACGGAAUCUUGAACAAGGUGUUCCACAACAUAACUGACACUCAUGUUGCUCACCACUUGUUCUCGACAAUGCCACAUUACCACGCGAUGGAAGCUACAAAGGCGAUCAAACCGAUUUUGGGAGAAUACUACCAGUUUGACGCGACUCCUUUUGUGAAGGCGAUGUGGAGGGAAGCCGGGGAAUGUAUGUAUGUAGACCAAGACGAAGGUAAUCAGAGCAAGGGGGUGUACUGGUAUAACAACAAGUUUUGAAGACAAUUGGCAGAGUUGUCUGGUAAGUAUGGUGUUGCCUGUUAGAGUGUUAGCUUUGUUUGUGUUUGUAAUUUAGUCUGUUCAGUUCAAAACUGUUGUGCUUUUGUUUGAGUGACUUUAUGCACCUAUAAUUAUGUAGUAGAACCAGUUAUUAUCUAAGUUAUGCUCUAUUAUGAUGAGUAGUUAAUAUAA